AAAUUCAGUCACUCACCCAUUCAUUCUUUUGCUCCCCACCUCAGCUCCUCGCUUUCCACUUUCCCUCUUUCCAUUCCCCACCCAAACAAAUAAACAAUAAUAUUUUGUCUUCCCAUUAAUCAAAUACUUCUCCUAAAGACUCUCGAGUAUUUUUGCUGCUCCUACUUGUUUACUCGAGUAUUUUUUUUUUCUCUUUCCUUUCUUUCUUUUGUGUUCCCUGGGAAUCCCAUUUCUUCCUCAUAAAUAACUACUGCCCUCGCCUGAUCUCUUACGAGUUCUUGGCUUUGUUAAGGAGCUCGAACAUGGCAUUUUUAUGCAGAUUCAAAUGGGAUCUCAAUCUUGGUUGAUUUCUUGGCUCCUGAGCUUUUUGAUAAUAAGGUUGUAAUAACAUUCAUUUUUCCCCUUCGACUUUGGGAUCUUUGGGAAUGACUUUCUCUGUGUUAUAGCUUUUGGGCUCUGUGGAUCUCAAAUCUCGGUCUCCUCAGCUGGUUUUCAGGUGAGUUACUAGACCGGGUUUGAGAAGAGCAAUUACGGCAUUAUGCUAAAAAUUGAGCGCUUCGAUGACUUUGUUGUUCUGAUAUGAGAAAAUAAGACCAUGUCUGAAAAAUUAUCUGGAGAAGAAUCUCUUUGUCAAGACGUUGAAUCCUUGAGCGUGUCAAAACGCCUGGUUAGAAGCGUCAGCCAGAAAUUGAAAAGGAAGAACCAUAGAGGAGAAGGGGAAGAGGACGAUGACACCAGGGCUGUAUCCUUGAGCUGUCUUACCCUGUAUGGCAGAGGUGGAGGAUGCAAGGUAGGUGCUGAAACUGGAGAAGAGUUUGUGGAUUACGGAGGUAGAAGGCGGUCAACCAGUGAGGAAACUAAAGUAUAUGCAGCAAUUUGUGGAAAGGAGGAAACAGCUGUUGAUUGCUUCGCCUAUGGGAUGAAGGAGAAAUUCUGGAGGAGGAAUAAUAGGAGAAUUUUACAGCUUAAAGCAGCUCCACAUGACAGCAUGAAUGUGUUUCUUCCGGAUGACAUUCUGGAAAUGUGCUUGCUGAGACUUCCCCUUACGAGUCUCAUGAAUGCUCGUCUUGUGUGCAAGAAGUGGAGGAGCUUGACAUCAACGAUUCGUUUCAUGCAUAUGAGACGAGAAGGGUUGUAUCAGAGUCCAUGGUUGUUUCUAUUUGGAGUUGUUAAAGACGGUUACUGUUCUGGGGUGAUACAUGCCCUGGAUGUAUCGCUGAACCAGUGGCAUAAGAUAGAUGCAGCAAUUCUCAAGGGAAGGUUCUUGUUUUCUGUUACCAGCGUCCAGGAUGAUGUGUUUGUCGUUGGAGGUUGUUCUAGCCUGACAAACUUUGGAAAAGUGGAUAGAAGCUCAUUUAAGACGCAUAAAGGAGUUCUGGUGUUUAGCCCCUUGACGAAGUCUUGGCGCAAAGCUGCAUCUAUGAAAUAUGCUAGAUCAUCACCCAUUCUAGGAGUUUUUGAAGUCGGUCCAGACUGUUUGAUCAGAACUCAGCAAAAUAGAUAUGAAAGAAGAUUUUACCGGUCAAGGGUUGGUGGUGUGUCUGAUGUCUAUGAGGAUCCUCACAGACUUUCAGUUCGACGUCAAUUUAGGCACUCUGUGGAUGGAAAUGAUGUUUUGACAACCCAUUCAAAGCAGCAUAAAUUAUCAGGACAAAAAGGUGAAAAUACAUGUAAAGAUCACAAAAGGUAUGUAGUCAUUGCUGUGGGAGGUCUUGGAUCUUGGGAUGAGCCUUUAGAUUCAGGGGAGCUUUAUGAUUUUGUUUCAAAUAAAUGGACAGAAAUCCCAAGGCUGCCUGUAGAUUUUGGGGUUGCCUGUUCUGGUGUCGUUUGCAGCGGAAUAUUUUAUGUCUAUUCAGAAACUGACAAGCUUGUCGGAUAUGACGUAGAAAGGGGCUAUUGGGUGAGAAUCCAAACCACGCCAUCUCCUCCCCGUGUUCACGAGUACUAUCCAAAACUCAUAUCAUGUGGUGGUCGUUUAUUCAUGCUCUCUGUCUCAUGGUGUGAAGGGGAAGGUCAAAUAGGGAGGAGAAACAAAGCAGUUAGGAAGCUGUGGGAGCUUGAUCUCAUGUAUUUCAGCUGGAGAGAGGUUUCAGUACAUCCGGAUGCACCAAUGGAUUGGAAUGCUGCAUUUGUUGCUGAUAAAAGUUUGAUAUUCGGGCUUGAAAUGUUCAAAAUAUUCGGACAAGUGUUGGACUUCGUGACCAUGUUCGACAUGUCGGACACAAGGACAAGCUGGAGUCAUAUUUCAAGAAAUCACGUAGCUCACGAACUGGACGCAGCUUCUUGCAUGACCAAGUCGAUGGCAGUGCUUCAUCUGUAAUUUCUUUUCUUUUCUUUUUUUGGCAUCGAUUCUCAAUAUCAAAAGCGACGCGGCCAUUCUUUUGUAUCAAUCAGUUUGUAUUGUCACGAGUACAUUGUUAUUAGUUUAUCACUCAUAUGAUUCUUCCAUUGAA